UUUCACGGUCACCGCAAUGGCCGAGGCCACAGGAAGCGGAAGAGAGACCGGAAGUUGGUGAUAAUUAGAGACCGUACGACCCCGUUAGCUCCAAGGGUCCCCUCCCCACAGGUAUAGGGGCAAGAGCGGGGUUCCACCGCGCAGAAGCACUGGUAGGAGCUGUCAAGAUGUCUGAGAACCAGGGGAACAUUCCUAUUAAUAACACUAAUGGAAACCGGGUUCGGACCCCCAACCUCAACCAGAACCCCCUGAUCAAUGUGCGGGAUCGCCUCUUCCAUGCCCUAUUCUUUAAGAUGGCAGUCACCUAUGCCCGUCUCUUCCCGCCGUCAUUCCGCAGGAUAUUUGAGUUCUUUGUUCUUCUUAAGGCCCUUUUGGUUCUGUUUAUUCUUGCAUACAUCCAUAUUGCGUUUUCUCGGUCUCCUAUCAACUGCUUGGAGCAUGUGCGGGAUAGAUGGCCCAGAGAUGGCAUCUUGCGGGUGGAGAUCCAGUUGAACUCGAGCCGAGCACCUAUUUUUCUGCAGUUCUAUGACAGCGACACUUUUCCUGGCCUGGUGAAAGAGCCCCUGGGUGAGGAGGAUGAAGAGGAGAUGAGUGUAGAUAUGUACCAGAAUAGCUCCAUCAAGUUUGAACUUGAAAUUGAGCCGAAGGUGUUUACAAAGCCAUCGCUGGAAAGUGUAACACAAGCCUCCGAAAAUCAGAGUCAGGGACUGUCUUUCAGUGAUGCUGCCAGUAAAGUUUGGCCACAAGAAGAGUAUAUAGUGGAAUAUUCACUUGAAUAUGGGUUUCUCAGGCUAUCUCAGAGCACACGACAGAGACUCAACAUACCUGUGAUGGUGGUGACGCUUGACCCGACCCGUGACUUGUGCUUUGGAGACAGAUUUAGCCGUUUUUUGUUGGAUGAAUUUCUUGGAUAUGAUGAUAUUCUCAUGUCAAGCGUCAAGGCCUUGGCAGAAAAUGAGGAAAACAAAGGGUUCCUGAGAAAUGUUGUUUCAGGGGAACAUUAUCGAUUUGUCAGUAUGUGGAUGGCUCGCACUUCAUACCUCGCUGCCUUUGUGAUUAUGGUUAUUUUUACUCUCUCGGUUUCUAUGCUCUUGAGGUAUUCUCACCAUCAGAUAUUUGUUUUUAUUGUGGAUUUGCUGCAGAUGUUGGAGAUGAAUAUGAGCAUUGCUUUUCCUGCUGCCCCACUGCUCACUGUGAUCCUUGCACUUGUAGGAAUGGAAGCCAUUAUGUCAGAGUUUUUUAAUGAUACAACUACUGCCUUCUACAUAAUCCUCAUAGUGUGGCUUGCUGACCAGUAUGAUGCCAUCUGCUGCCACACAAACACCAGCAAGAGGCACUGGCUAAGAUUCUUCUACCUUUAUCACUUUGCAUUCUAUGCUUACCACUAUCGCUUUAAUGGACAGUACAGCAGUCUGGCUCUGGUCACAUCCUGGCUUUUCAUUCAGCACUCUAUGAUCUAUUUUUUCCAUCACUACGAACUUCCCGCCAUCCUCCAGCAGAUCCGCAUCCAGGAAAUGCUUCUCCAAAACCAGCAGGCUGGUCAGAACCAAACCAGCCUUCAGGAUAACCUGAACAACAACACUACAUCAGAACCAUCUAUUGUGACACCUCCCCCUGCCCCUGGAUUUACUCUCCAGCCACCGGCAGCUACCUUAGUGGCUGCAGGUGUUAUGUCAACGGAUACACAUUCAGAUGUCGGUAUAGCUACGUCACAAUCUGUAGAAGAUGUUAUAGAGCUUCUAUCAACACUAUCUGAAGAACCAGCUCUGGAGGCAGCUGGUAGCCAUCCUCUUGAAGCUGGCACUACAGAAGUGACACAGACUGGAGACCCUCCUCCUAUUCUACCAACUGCUGCUCCUGAUAACAGUCCCAAAAAACUGACUGAAGCCCAAGUGCACACCCAAGUAUCCACCCUUCCCACAGACUGUAGCUCUGCAAGAUUUUCAGUUACCAGCACUGAUCUAGAGCAAAACAACCUCUCGGCAUCAAUGCCAUCAGGGCUCCUCUCAGAAGCUAGUGCGCCACAGCCGAAUACAAAUGGGUCUGAUAAAUUGUGAGCCGAAUCUCUGCCCUUAGCUCAUUGCAUCCUGGAGAAGUGCAUUUCUCCUAAGAAGGAGCUGUAUGGACCAUGUAUCUCAGUGCGACUGGAGUGACUGGUCUGCAGCACAUGAAACAAAAAAGAAGAAAUUGUGCAUGCGUGUGUUGUGUACACGCACACAGACUGACUGCAAUUGCUUUACUUUCUGUUUUCACUUAAGUCAAAUAAAUGCCAAGUAUCGGCCUAAGAAAAUGUAAAAUGGGCAACAGGACUGCCAGUCUUAAACACUUUAGAACAGGGAAUAAUGUGGGCAUAUAUGUUGUGUACCGCGUUUGUAUGCACUGACAUCCACAUGGUCAUCCCUUCCAGUUGAUGCAAGCUGAUACCUGUUAUGACAGAUUUAACAGCCAUAUUUCAGAGAAGAUAUUAUUUAAGCUAGUCUAGUAGAUGUUCUUGUUUCCAGAGGCUUUAUGACAGAGGCCCUAAGGGCAAAGCUACCUUCUUAUAACUUUACUCCACAACCACCGGACCAAGAAUGAAUGCGGGAUCUAUUGAAAAAUAGUGUACACAAGUAUUUGCAGGCUAGUGUUUUAUACUUUCACCCAGUGUGUCCUGUGCUUACUGUGCUCUCAAAGCUAUGGAAUGUAAGUGCGUAAGUUGGGACAGACGUGUUUGUGGAGUUGCAUCCAGAGGUCCCAUAGCUUCUGCCUUAACUUCUGGUUGUGGCAGAAGGUAUUUAGAUCAUAUAUUUGUGCCUUUCCACCUGUGACUGCAGAAAAAGGCUGUGCACGAAUGUGUAAAACCUGUUGUACGAUUACAUUGCACUUUGUUCCUUUAUUUUUAAGUAGGAGAGAAGGCUAUAUGCAGAGCUAAAUGUGUAUGUCAGUGUAUAUCUGCAUAUACACUUACAUAUGUAGCUUACAAGUGAAUAGAUAUCAAUGAAUAAGAUGAAGUCUUACAGCUGUGCUUAUGAGUAAAACUUGGGUCAGAAAACCUAGAGUGAUGGGGUCUGUCUCAAAUCCAAUGGCGGUCUGCCCAUGAACCUUUUUCUUUUCUUAUAAUAGGUACAGUUUUAAUUCCCUGCUUAGUAUAUUCUUGUACCAGUAAAAACUUGUCUGAUACCUAUACUAAACUUAAAGGGGUACUCUGGCCCUAAGACAUCUUAUCCCCUAU